AUGGACCUCCCACCUGAUGUAGAGAUCAUCGCGUUCGCCGACGACGUAGCACUUGUGGCAACGGCGUCGGUACCCUUCCUACUGGAGGAAAGGCUGGAAGUAGCCCUCCAAGACGUAAUGAACUGGAUGAAUAAAAAUGGGCUGGAACUCGCGAUGGAAAAGACGGAAGCCAUCAUGCUCACAAACCGUAACAAGCACAACAUUAUGACAGUCAGAUGUGGACAGUAUAGCUUUCCCUCAGUGAAAUGUGUAAAAUACCUCGGCGUGCAGCUCGACUCGAGACUGCACUUCAGCCAACACGGUGAACACGCUGCGGCAAGGGCCUCCGAGGCGUGCAGGCAGCUGAUCCAGAUUUUACCGAACCUCAGAGGACCCAGACAGCGGAGAAGAAAGGUGCUGGCCACGGUGGUCACCUCCCGGUUGCUAUAUGGAGCUCCCUUCUGGCUCCCCUCCAUAACGGCCGAGGGAAUGAAAAAGAUGGAGACAGUGUAUCGCAGGGUGAUGCUGAGGGUAGCAUGCUGCUACCGUACGGUGUCCCACGACGCAGCAGCGGUGGUGUCCGGCAUGCCUCCUCUUAGGCUACUGGCCGAAGAGAUGCAAAAAGCGUAUCAUGGGACUGACAGAGUCGUGGCAAGAGAACAACUGAUGGAAAGCUGGAAACGUCAAUGGGCCAAUAGCGAGAAAGGCCGAUGGACGCACAGGCUGAUAAGGGACGUUGGCAAGUGGUACAACAGAAACCACGGCGACGUGUCUUUCCACCUCAGCCAGGUGUUAUCAGGACAUGGCUGUUUCAACGAGUACCUUUUACGAAUCGGUAAAGUCAACACCGACGAAUGUUCUCAGUGUGGGUCGGCACCCGACUCGCCGGAACACGCAAUCUUUCAGUGCGACGCGUGGCACCAUUGGCGAGUCGAGGUAUGCGUCUACCUCGAGAUCGAAGAGCUGUCUCCAGACAACCUGAUCGAGACUAUGCUAGAAUCCAAUGCAACUUGGCAAAGGAUAAGCAGCUUGAUCGGUAGGAUAAUGAGAACCAGAGAAGAGGAAGAGCGCCGCAGACAACAUGCAGCGCUCGUACCUGGUUGA